UCGUCGCCCGCUCAAGAACCCUAAAGCUCUGUUUUUAGGGCUUGCGCGACUGGGGCAUGCAUUGCGCGUGUGGCAUUCCUCCGCUAGGAAAUGCUACAUGGAUUUCGUGGCGCGGCCACUUCCGGAAGCUGAAUUCGUCAGCUAGCCCGCGCUGGCGUGGAGAUAGGCGCCGCAUUUUGGUGGCAGUGGCGGCGGCGAAGAAUUGGAAGAGCUCUUCGAAUGGAGAGAGCUUGUAUCACAUCCUGGGCGUGGCACCGGGGGCGGAUGAGAAGGAAAUCAAGCGCGCCUAUCGUCGUCUCGCUCUCAAGCUCCAUCCAGACGUUAACAAAGAGCCCGAUGCACAGGAGAAGUUUAUGCGGAUCAAGCAAGCGUAUCAAACGCUGGUUGAUCCGUCCAAGCGCGCAAAGUACCAAGCCAGCAAGCGAUCGAGCGAGAGACGUUCCAGGUCCAGUUCGAGAGCAGUGGAAGAAGAGGAUUUCUAUGGCUUAGACGAUUUUUUCCGGGAUUUGCAAGCUGAGUUCCAGCAGAAAAGGGAUUCUACUUCCAAGGAUUCGCAACCAAAGAGCCUCUGGGAAGAGCUUGCUGAGCUUGGAGAAGAGUUUCUCGAGUUUCUCGAGAAGGAGCUUAACGUGGACACUCCUCCUCAAGAGCAGCAGCAGCAGCAGCGCGAAACGAACGGCAGCGCUUCAAAGGAGGGCGAAGCGAAGAGCCAAAGCUCUCCAGAGUCACAGAUGGACGAUAUCGAGGAGCUACUAACGAAACUCAAGAAGGAGCUGGGUCUCCAAUGAUGGCUCCAUUCGUUAUCACGAACAUCAAGAGGUAUGCUGCUAUUUUACAGCGUUGGACAGCUUACUUCGUUGUAAAUCAUCAGUGUAGAAAUGGUGUGUAUCAUAGCAUUCAAACCAAGUUAUUGAAUGAGAGGCUAUAAAUAAUGAAAUUAAGUUUUGUA